AUGAAAUUUUCAGACCGCAAACCAAAUUGUGAUGGCCCGGGCUCAGCAUGUUAUGACCCUCGUUUUAUUGGUGGUGAUGGCAUUGUCUUCUACUUCCAUGGCAAGAGUAACGAGCAUUUUAGCCUAGUCUCCGACAACAAUCUCCAAAUCAAUGGCCGUUUCAUUGGCCACCGUCCAACUGGGCGAGCUAGAGACUUCACAUGGAUUCAAGCGCUAGGAAUCCUUUUUAACUCUCACACAUUUUCUCUCGAGGCCAUCAAGACACCAACAUGGGAUAAUGAAAUCGACCACCUUAAAUUCACCUUUAACGGACAAGAUCUGUUUGUACCAGAAGGCACUCUCUCAAUUUGGUACUCGCCAGAAAAAGAAGUAAAAAUUGAGCGAAUAGCAAGUAAGAACAGUGUUAUUAUCACCCUCAAGGAUACCGCAGAAAUUUUAGUAAAUGCAGUGCCUGUGACAAAGGAAGAUGACAGAGUCCACAAUUAUCAAGUACCUUCUGAUAAUUGUUUUGCUCAUUUUGAGGUGCAAUUCAGGUUCUUUAAUCUAUCACCAAAAAUUGAUGGGGUUCUCGGCAGAACUUAUAAACCUGAUUUUGAGAAUCCAGCAAAGCCUGGUGUGGCAAUGCCAGUUGUUGGUGGUGAAGAAAAGUAUAAAACAAAAUCACUUUUGUCUGCUGACUGCAGUACUUGCAUUUUCUUAUCAGAAAUCAAGUUAAGUCAAGAAAUCAACUCUAUAAAUAAAGAAUUCGAGACUUUAGAUUGUACUCGUGGGUCAUCCACAGGAUAUGGAAUUGUUUGCAAGAAAUAA